AUGAUAUUAAUAUUAAUUUUAGCGAUACCAUAUCUGCCACGUUAUAUGAAACCAGGUCAACCUUGUGUCGUAUGUGGUGAUGAUGCUACCGGUUUGCACUACAGAGCGAUAACAUGCGAAGGUUGCAAAGGUUUCUUUCGACGAACCGUUCAGCAAAAUAUUGUGUACAAAUGUAAAGGCAUUGAACAAUGUGAAAUCAGCAAGUCUUCACGAAAUAUUUGUCAAUUUUGUCGAUUUCAAAAAUGCAUGGACAAUGGAAUGAUGAAAUCUUUGGUAUUAAAUGAAACGGAACGGAUAGCAAAACGGAAAAUGAUAAGUGAUAACCGUGAACGACGGAAGAUGGAACAACUAAGAGCAGUGUUAAGAACUAAUUCAUUAGCUGAUAAACAGGACGAGUUUCAAACUCGAAUUAAUCAAGUGACUGCAAAUUACUGUAAAAUUCUAGAUAGCUCAUUAGAGUAUAAAUUCAAAUCGGAUAUAAAAUCGGAACGAUUGUUAGAAUUGACUGAAUUAGUUACUCAACAAAUACGACAAUUUGCUGAGACAAUCGAAAUCUACGAUAGUUUGAAUCAUUCGGCACAAGAGGAAAUAAUUGAAAAAAGUUGGCUGGUAGUAAAAGUUUUACAAAUUAUCCAUGAAUUCAAUCCUACAGAACGUUGCCUAAUGUUAGCCAACAAUACAACUUAUAUAGCAGCUAAAGGCGAUUAUUCCGAAUUGGAUUAUACGACGAAAAUUUUUGAAAAUUUAAUAAAUUUGGCUGCAAGUUUUCAUUGCAUGCAAUUGGAUAAUCGACAAUUAGCCUUAUUGUCAGCUUUGCUUAUUUACAAUCCGAAAAAUGUAAAAGAAUGCGAGGAAAAAAUUGACAAAGUACACAUGGAAUUAUGGAAAUGUUUGCAAAGCAUUAGUGAAAUGCACGACGACGAUUCAAUCGAUCUGCAUUACUGGCCAAAUCUUCUUGUUCGCAUAUCACAAUUACUUGUCACCGUUACCAAUAUGCGACGGUUUUUUCGAGAUCAAAAUAAUAUUAAUUCAAUAGCAAACAUUCUUCUCUUUAAAUUUUCAUGA